AUGACUGGUACCUGCUCUUCAACUAGCCAACUAGUUGAAUUAGAACCUGAGAUUGAACAAAAGCUUCGAGCAAUUCGUAAGAGUCAAAAACAAGAUAGAGAAAAGAAGAAUCAACAAGAAGAAGAAGAGAUGGCCCUUGUACAAAAUGAAACAAUGGGAGACCUUGAUAUCCCGACAAUUCCGACGUCACCUUUAAGCAUCGUUCUCCCUGCAGCUGCUAGGAAUUUUGAAUUAAAAAAUAUCCACUUUAAUAUGAUGCCUUCUUUUCAUGGAUUAAGUUAUGAAAAUCCUUUAACUCAUAUUAGAGAUAUUUUUAACAUGGUUUCUAACAUGGCUUUGACAGAGGGAGUCACCGAAGAACAUCUCAGGAUGAAAGUCUUUUCCUACACACUGAAAGAUAAAGCUAAGAUGUGGCUAAACUCCUUAAGGCCUGGAUUAUUGACUAGCUGGACAGAGGUUCAAAACAAGUUCUUGGAGAAAUUCUCUUCAACUCAGAAAACUGAUGCACUAAGGGAUAAAAUCAUGCAAUUCAGUCAACAGACCGAUGAGUCAUUUUCAGAAGCUUGGGAAAGGUUCAAUAAUUUUUUAAUACAGUGCCCUCACCAUGGUUUGCUUACUCUAGUUCUCAUGCGUAUUUUUUAUAAGGCACUAAUCGUUUCGAGUAAGGCUGCAGUGAAUAACUAUGCAGGUGGAUCUGUUAAGAACAAGACACCAACUGAAUGUCAAACUUUGUUUGAUACACUAGCAAUUGAAACACAGCAUUCUGAUACAAGAGGUAAGCGUGCUGGAAUUUAUGAAAUUGGUAGUUCUAAUGCUUUUGCUUCUAAAGAGCAGGUUGCCACUAUAACCAGUAAAUUGGACGCCUUGCUUGCUAUGAAUGGGAGAGCACCAACACAAGAGAUUUGCUCCAUUUGUGCUGUUCUCGGUCAUGCCACCAUAUCUUGUCCUCAUGGGGUUGAUUUUCCAGAAUUUCUGCAAGAACAAGCCAAUAUGGUGAAUACCUAUAGACGUCCUAGCAAUGAUCCAUUCUCCAACACAUACAAUCCGGGAUGGCAAAGGCACCCCAAUUUUUCAUGGAGCAAUACUCAGAAUGUCCAAAAACCACCACUUGGUUUUCCACCUCAAGAGAAAAAAAUAAAUUUGGGAGAUGCUCUUACUCAGUUAACUAUGUCUACCACCCAAUUUAUGACUGAAACCAAAACCCAACUUCAGAAUCAGAGCGCUUCUAUUCGGAACUUGGAGGUGCAAGUAGGCCAACUAGCUACUGUAUUGAGUGAAAGAAGCCAAGGAGUAUUGCCAAGCCAAACCGAGGUUAAUCCAAAAAAUCAAGAGCAUGCGAAGGCAAUUACACUUCGAAAUGGGAGACCCAUCAAAACUGCUGUAGAUUUGGACUUAGGAAAGCACCACAAACAGUUGAGAGAUACGGAAAAAGCUGAAGAAAAUAGCCUACCAGCCGCCUUAAGCUCAACCGAAAAUUCAGCAACACAUGCAAUGAAUUUUUCUUCUUAG